UUUCUCUCCUCAGACGGCGCACAUAAACAAACCCGCGUUACAACUCCACACUUUGCAAAGCCCCCAUCAGCACUGACACACUCACGGGAACGGACGAAGACACACUCCUUAUAUCCGGGAGUUUUGAAUUUUUGAAUUUUCUGUUUCAUGUUUUUUCUACUUUAAGUAAGAAGAAGAAACUUUUUGUCGCCGAUGCAUCCUGAUCCUCCGCAACAUUAGGCCUACCUUUUUAUAUAUAUGUUCUCUCUAUUACUCGACUCUUGGUGAUUAUUCUGGAUGGAAAUGGGAUACUUCAUGCGAGGUUAUUACCACAUGUAAAGACGGAACCGUUACAGCAAACCAGUUUACGCACGCACGCAACCGCGCACGAGGGGACUUCUGACAGUCUCCCUCUCAGGACUGAUUUACAGUACUCACAUAUUUCUCUGGUCUCUCCUUUUUGUCCUCUCUUUUCUCUGUCUCUGUUUGCUGGAAGCCUCGCGCUGUCCGGGGUUAUUGGUGCAAGGGGCUACCGGGGGCUACCGGCGCUCCGGGGCGCGUGCUUUGCAGCUCUUAUGCCGUUCUCUUGGUUACCGGUGCGCGCAGGGCCAGAGCCCUACCGACCGGCACGGCCUGAGAAGAAAGCGAGAGGCGAUCCGUUUGCUCAUUUAGAAAAAAAAACUGACCGAAUGUCUCACUUUGCAGAAUUAGUUUUUAUCUUUUUCCUUUUUUAAGUCAACAUGCCAUUUUAUUGUCACUUUCUUAACCCUUCACAAAAGCUGUGAUAAGAGCACGUUUACGCACAGUUGCGCUCUCAACUUCAUAAGUGUAUGAAAGAAUGAGGCUAUGUUGACGUAUAUCAAGCAGUAUCUUAUUUCUGAAACUGCCAUAACCAAAUAGCUUUAUUGGCUUAAAGUUUUUUUUCUGCACUCAAAUAGUUCCACACAGAAUUGAGUGUGUUCCAAUUCAACCCUAAUCAAAUACGUGUUAUACUGACUUGUUUGUUUACUCUGGUUUGUCUUCUUUAUUUACUUAAACACAUUUGACGAAUAGUCAUGCAAACGUUUCCUCACAUAAUUGGUCUAUAAGAGUUUGGGGAAAAGUGGAUGUUAUCCGACACCAAGUGGAGGAGUUUGAUUUGUUGACACAAAGAUAAGAGAUGGCAGCAGGCUGCAGGUGCCUGUAGCACUGAGAGUCGGUUGAGAUGCAUACUGGGAGAUCGAGUGGUCUCUCGACUUGACCAUAUAUCCCAGAGGGUCUGUUUGUCUGGCAGAGAGAGAGAGCGUGUUUUUAUAAGAGUGUGUGACAGAAAGGGGGCGCUCUGUGCCUUGAAAUCCGGCGGCCAUGGUGCGCCCUGCUGCAGAGGGGAGUUGAAGGCUCACGGCGCACAGGAGUCCACUGAUUCGGUUUCAGGUCCGACUCUUACAUUUCUCGAUUUCUCUCUGCAUCUGGAUGAACCCUGAGCAGGCGAAUACGGUGGUGAUCAGAAACAAGAAAAUCGAUGGCCUGGAGGCAUUGACAAAGACGGCUUUUAUAAAAGUGGUCACUUUUGUAGACACAGGUUCGGAAGAGCGCGCCCAGCCGAGCUCGGAGCAACGGCGAUCGGAGACUUCCUUUGCGACGCCCGCCGAAUCCUCCCCGCUCCAGAAGCCCUGUCCCGGCUGCAGCCACGCAAUCCCUCAAUCCCGGACACUCAGCACCAUUCAGCGCGAAGCUCUUUCACCAGCAGACAUGCCCUGUGUGCAGGCUCAGUACGGGCCCGUCCCUCCAGGCUCAGCCUACUCUGGCCAGUCCUUCAGUUACCAGGGCGACAGCUACAGCUCUGACCUCAUGACCCCUGACUACACGAAGCUGGAUCUCGGUGGUGGUGAGAUCUCUGCCGCCGCCACCACCUCCCUACCCAGCUUCAAUGUCUUCGUGGAGGGGAGCUACGAGCCCAAGUCCUCCUGCCUCUACCAGAUGCCCACACACAGGCCCAUCAAGAAGGAGGAGGAGAGCUAUCCGACUGCUCCACCACUGGAGGCCAUGUCCUCCUCCACCAUGUACUUUAAACAGUCUCCGCCGUCCACUCCCACCACCCCGUCCCUGCCGCCCCAGCCUGGCACCUCCUUCCUGUGGGAGGAGCACCCCCUGGCCCCUCCUUCGCACCCCCACUCUCUGGGCUCCAGCCUGGAGUCGGGCCCCCUCAAGUCGCCCCGCUUUCCGCACUUCUACCAGCACUCGCCUCCCCACAGUGGCGGCAGUGGCGGCGGUUAUGAGAGCCUGGGUGGAGGAUUGGUUCGCACCUCCUCCUCUUCCUCCUCCUCCUCCUCCUCUGUCUCCCAUCCUCACUGUCCACCCCUGGAGCAGCCCAUGUACCAGCUGCACCGCGGGGCCGGGGGUAGCAGCCUCGCCUUCCGCUCCCUGGCUCUUGGGCCCUGUGGCCCCCUACUAGGAGACAGCCUGCCAUCGCCUCCCCCACGUGGCCCCCAAGGAGAGGGCAGCUGUGCGGUGUGUGGGGACAAUGCAGCUUGCCAGCACUACGGCGUACGCACUUGUGAGGGCUGCAAGGGCUUCUUCAAGCGCACCGUGCAGAAAAACGCCAAGUAUGUGUGUCUGGCCAGUAAGAACUGUCCUGUGGACAAGAGGAGACGCAACCGCUGCCAAUACUGCCGCUUUCAGAAGUGUCUGAGUGUCGGCAUGGUGAAGGAAGUGGUUCGUACUGAUAGCUUGAAGGGGCGCCGAGGCCGUCUGCCUUCCAAACCAAAGAGCCCCCUGCAGACAGAAGUGUCUCCUCCAUCUCCACCCCUCAGCUUGCUCUCCGCUCUGCUCAGGGCUUAUUCUCACUGCACACCCCGUGACCUCGACUACAGCCAGUUCAGUGCUGCCGACCCUCCCUCCUCCUCCUCAGAUGCCGAGCACAUACAGCUCUUCUACAGGCUGCUCACCAUGUCGAUGGAGACCACACGAUGCUGGGCUGAACGGCUUCCCGGGUUCUCCGAGCUUCAGCGUGACGAUCAAAACCUGCUCAUUGACUCUGCCUUCCUGGAGCUGUUUGUCCUGCGAUUGGCUCACAGGUCGAUGCUGUCGGAGGAUAAACUAGUGUUCUGUAAUGGCUUGGUGCUGCACAGGUUCCAGUGCCUUCGUGGGUUCGGGGAGUGGCUGGACUCCGUCCGGGACUUCUCCACCCACCUCCAGAGCCUAAACCUGGACGCCUCCGCCUUCGCCUGCCUGGCUGCCCUCGUACUGCUCACAGAGCAAGUCCCAGGUCUGAAGGACUCAAAGCGGGUUGAGGAGCUGCAGAAUAGAGUGAUUUGUUGUCUCAGAGAUCACCUGGGUUGCGGCCCUGCUUCCUCCUCGUCCAAGGCUGCGCCCCCUCUGAGUCGUAUCCUGGGUUUAAGGGCAGAGCUCCGUUCCCAGAGGACCCAGGGCCUUCAACGAAUCUUCUACCUGAAGCUGGAGGACCUGGUACAGCCCCCUCCGUUGAUUGACAGGUUCCUGGACACUCUGCCCUACUGAUGGGCGGGCUGACUACACAGAGAAAUAACCCACGUCACGUUCUGUUCAGGCCCCCCCACCCCUCAAGGAGCACGCACACACAUUCAAAGAGACUCUCACUCCACUCUGACUGAUGCAGAGCAGAGAGCCAAUCAAAUGCUUUUCACUCAACAGGACAACCAACUGAACACUUUUCACCAGUUUAAAAGACAAUUACUCAAACGCUUUACCACUUUUUAUUUGAUCCUCCUGUUUUUCUCAUGUGGGGGAGGAUGACGAGGCUGAGAUGGACAACAGAAAAAAGACAUUUUACUGUCCUCUCGCCGUCUGGGUGGCAGCUCAUCCAGCAAAAAAGAAAGAAGGUUUAUGAUUACUGUUUAUCUGUGUUUUGGCCUGACUCAUCCAAUAUGAGGAUUUCUUUUGAGUAGAGAGGGAAGGGGUGGUGUCACUGUGUUUGAUGUCCCAGUGAAACACAAGUCGCUGUGUGUUCUACAUCCUGCUGAAAGAAGGAAGGGGGCGUUUUCAUACUGAAAAUGUACUGAAAUGUCAGAGGUCAGACAGCGUGAGCAUAGACACUCAGAAACAUCACAAAGCAGACACAGAUAUUUCAUCAACACAUGGAAGUGGCUGUUGAGUUGGGCUCUUGAUUCCAAGUGCAAUUUCUUAAGUGCUAUCUCACCACAAAAGGAAGAAGUGGAGAAGUAACGGUUUAAUUUCAAACUCUAAAUUAUUUUAACACAGAGACUCGUCUUGUUCUAUCAGCAGCUAAACAAAAGAGAGACAGUCCACGCCUGGCUUUAGACAGCAGAGGAGAUACUGUGCACUAACGAUUGAUGACAGAGUCACCCAGACUUGAACUUGCUCUAGUAUGUUUUUUUAAAAUUAACUCAUUUUUAAAGCAUAGGUCGAGUAGAUGUAUGGAGGAAUGAACAUGGACAAAAAAAUGGCUUUUGAAGCACUUACACCCUGACAAGGGCUAGAAGCACAGACACACACCCUACCUGCUCCCCUGGAGGACGGCGGCGAGUCGGGGAGAGGAGGGUGCUCGACAGAUAGCUGUAUGUCCAGGGAUGAAACAUUCCGCAGUCAUGCUCUUUUUCUAUUUCUUUCUAUUGUGGAGGCCGUGUGAGAGUGUGGAGGACAUGGUUGCAUACUGUCUUUGUGUGUACGCUUAGAGAAGCCAGGAUCAUAUGCAUGGUGUGUUAUAAGCUGUCAAGAGCUGCCAUAGCCUGUCAAAACAGCUCGACCUGUAUUUGUGUCUCAGAAUGUGGCUCGAUGGGGAUCUCCCCCGGGCCUCCACCACCCACUCACACUCACGGCGGCAGUUUGAAA